AUGAACGCCGCGACCCGUACUCACCCAGAGUACCACGACCAAGGCAGCCUGCCGCCCGCGGCCUCUGUUGACGCGUACGACGACAACAUGUCCACGAUCCAGCGUGCUGGGCUUCGCCAGACAUCGCUUUCUGCGCACAUCCAGCAGCAACAGAAAAAGAAGCACCGGCCGAAAACCAUGUUGCUUGGCGAGCUGAACGCGUCGGGCAGCUCUCCCACGGCGUCCAUGGCGCCUCCUUUUGCUCCUGCGAUGGGCAAUUACGGGUCCAGAGUCCAGUCUAUGGCGAGUGUCGGAAGCGCGUCGAACUCGUCGCUGCCGUACGGGUACCACGAUUUCCACCAGCCGGGCAGUCCGUACGGCGGCUCGCAGCAUUCUCUGCCCGCGAACCGGUCGCCCACGUUGUCUGGCUCGCCGGCCGCGUUCAAUCCUGACUAUAGCAAGUACGCUCCUUCGCCCGGCCCUGGGCCCGCUGCUGCGCAGUAUAUGCCCAGCCGGAUCAUCGCGCCCGGCCUGCGGAACGUGUCGCCGGCCUCGCCGCCGGCGAAUUCGGCGAACCACGCCGCGCGCGUGUCGAUUAGCUCGGCCCUCUCGUUUAUUGGCUAUUCUCCGAAAAAGGAGAACGGCGUGUUCACGCCGGACUCGUCGACCGGGAAGGCGCUGGACGACGACUUUGCGGACGCGAUCGACGACGACGCGCCGCCGCUGAGCGAGCAGGUGGCCCAACUCAGACAGCAGGUCGAGGAGCUGGAAAAGGAGAAGGGGCGGCUGGAAAAGGAGAAGCUGGGCGAGCAGGAAAAGGCCGGCGUGCUCGAGCAGCGCGUAGGGCGCAUGAGCGAGAGCUACGAGGCGCUCAGGAGCGAAAACGAGGCCCUGAAGGAGCAACUGGAGGCCAGAAACAAAAUAUUCGAGAGCAGCCACGAGGAGGCCAGAAAGCUGCAGCAGAAGCUGGACUCUGCGAACGAGGAGAUCUCGUCGUUGACGGCGGUGGUCGAGUCGGUGGUGGGCGCGCUCCCAGAGCAUAUAAAGAGCAAAGACCGGUUCAUGGACUUUGCUUCCAAGACGAGACUAGACACACGGUUCAGAGACAAAAUCGACACCACGGCGGCCGUCUUCGCGCAGGAGCAGGGCCCGAUCGACACGGACGACAAAGUGCUGGACAUGUUCCGUGAGGAGGUCAGGGCGCUGAGCGAGAAGGUGGCCCAGCUGGAGAAGCGCAGGACAGAAACAGAAAAAAUCCUCAAGCACCACAUAUACACGGGCAACCAGACCAUUAAACACCUGGCGCAGCGGAACCGCGCCGUUUCGAGCCCGGCAGGACCCAAAAGGGAGCUCAAGAUCAUCGACAUCGUGCAGCCGACGCUCAGCGUGCCGGAGAUGAAGAAAAGCCAGAAUAAAAAAUGA